ACACGAACCAAACGGAUUAAACACCGUGGUAAGUGGUAACUACUACUUGAUUGCGUGUAAAACAGUAUCUAAAGUAGAAACCGAGUGGUGCUUCUGCUGCUUGGUAUUCUCCCCCGAAAACCCUAACUUAAUCCCCUUUCUGUCAUGGCCAAACUCAACGACCCGCAGGAACCCGCCACAUUCCCCUCAAAGCGCAAGCCCGAUGAUCCAAUUCCCCAAGAACCCCUCAUCAAAACCCCAAAGCUCUCAACUUUCGACUGCAACAACAACUCAAUCAAUCACCUCACCGAUUCCGAACCUCUCGCCGAGAAGGAGAAAUCAGAAACCGAUGUCGUUCUAGAUAAGGAAGCUGGGAACGGCGACACUAAGCUUCGAAAUGACGUUGUCGACAAUGAUAAGGAACACGUGGUAGAAGAAGAGGAGUAUGAUGACGACGACGACGAAGACGAUGAGGAUGAUAAUGUGGAGGCUGAGGUGGACCGGAAGGGAAAGGGGGUUUUGCGUGACGACAAGGGCAAAGGGAAAUUGAUAGUAGAAGAAGAAGAUGAUGACGACGACGACGACGAUGAUGACAGUGAUGAUGAUUCGGACGUAGACGGCAUUUCCGGUGAUGACAGUGAUUUUUCCGAUGAUCCGCUUGCGGAGGUUGAUUUGAAUAACAUUCUUCCGUCAAGGACUCGGCGGCGGACGUUUCAACCUGGAUUGCACAUUCCCAGUAAACCCGUUGAUUUUGCCGCUGCUGCUGAUGAUGACGAUGAUGACGACAGCGACGCAUGAAGCUUGGCAGGUGGUCUUUUGCCAAUUGAAGUGUCAAUUGAGAGAGGGAGUGUUAAUGGAAACUAUGGCCAGUGAGGCUUUUUUAAGGGUUAUGUGUCUGUUUGACUACUCGCCAAUUUCGUACGAACAACUGAUUUUGCCUAAUUCCUUGAGAGAGAGAGAGAAAGAAAAAACGAAAAAGAAAAGAAUUUGAGAUGAAGAUGGCUCGGUGUCUCGGAAUAGAUGAUCCUUGAUGUUUGAGUUUUUGUUGUUAUUGUUGUUGAAGAACCUGAGGUGCCAUUUAGUUGUGGUGUGCUUGAAUGAAAUUUCAUGCCAUAAAGUUCUAAUUUUGUUCAUCAAUCUUGCAAGAACUUACUUUUCACUGGGCUUUUUGCCGGUUUGUACUUGUAUUGUUGAAAAUGAGUCUAAAUGUCUCUUAACAAUUUUUGUGCUCAUUGGUGUAAGAUUUUACUUAUUGAAGCACCAAUUAUAUACUUUGAAAACAGUUCUUGUGGGUACUGAUUAAGUGAAACUGCAAGGCUAGUUCUUCCGUGGUCAAAUUUUUGUUAACAUGGUUCUUGUCGAUUCAAGUUCACUGUAUGAAGCAUUUUAUAUCCGAAAUUGAACA